AUGGCUCCCUCAGACCUCAAAUCCUCCCCCAAGAAAUCCCUCAAAGACCUCGCAUCCGAAAACCCCACCCAAAUCGGCGACCCUGUCUCCCUCAAAGCCGAAACCUCCAACACCCAGCCUACGGAACACGACAUGCCGAACAAAGCCGACCGCGCGAGGCCUGUAGGAGGAGAGGGUGCGAAGGAGGGGGAGCAGGCGAAUCGGAGUCAGUUGGGGGAUCCGGUGAGUUUGAAGGCGGAGCCGAGUGGGAGUGAGCCGACGGAGGAGGAUAGGGGGGCGAGGGGGACUGAGGGUAAGAACGGGAAGCCGAAGAUGUGA